CUAAGACAAACAAUAGGUUUGAUCCAGUAAGGGUGUUUGAAAUGUUCUCUCUCUCAUCACACUCUUCACUCAUUGUAAUGUUUCAUGCACAUUUUUCCCCUUUUUUUUCUCUUUUUCCGUUCUGCCUUCUUUAGAGGAUGUCUUAUAUCAUGAAGGACUCCAGUAAGAGCCCACGGCCAAUGAAAAAGUUCCUGCCAGGCAACAGGAAGAAAGAGCGCAAGGCCUCUGAUGAUGAGAUCCAGAUAAGAAAAAGCACAGUUGCUCUGGAGGAGGAUGCUCAGAUACUUCGGGUGAUUGAGGCUUAUUGCACAGGAGCCAGUCUGCACCAGACCGCCUCAGUGCGGAAAGAGUGUGUCCCCCAGGUGCUUCUGCCUGAAGAAGAGAAGAUCAUCGUGGAGGAGAUUAAAAGCAAUGGACAGACAGUAACUGAGGAAAAGAGCCUGGUUGAUGCAGUUUAUGCUCUAAAGGACGAGGUUCACGAGUUAAAAAAGGAGAACAAGUGGAUGAAGCAGUUUCUGGAGGAGGAGCAGAAGUCUCGCAAAGAGCUGGAAAGAUUGGUGAGAAAGCUGAGCAAGCAGAAGAACGACUGCGGCUGGGACGACGGCGGCCAUUAAAGCAGUCGGCCCCCCGUCCUCACGCCACACCUCUCUGAGGCUGGUUGCCUGCAGGGGCCCAUUCACAGGAGCGGACUCGCAGCGGGGGGAGGUGGGUGGGGGACAUUUUUGUGUGUUUAUGCGUUUUAUUUUUUUGUAUGCGUGUCUUCCGUCUUCACAUUUCAAUCACGCAUAAAGAUGGACUGUGCCGACGAUACUUGGACCUUCCUCGCCUCCAUCCUGAAAGCCUGAUUUGACAGCACCAUAGAAUUGGAUCCGUCUUCCUGGUCCAGUUUUUACUAGGAGAGCCAAAUGCGCAAGCAUACUCCUGAACAGCCUGGCUAAUCUUCUAUGUUUCAAGCAAUCUUUGACUGUAAGAUCCACCCAGCUAAGGGAGCAAUUUUGGAAAAGGACAAUAGAAAUGAGCUCUCUUCCUUCUUUUGCUGUUGUGGGAAUAGAAAAGGAGUAAAAAAAAAAAGCCAUCAAGUCUUCUGCUUCUCUUACCUGAACUUCUUUUAAAACAGGACUGAUGAUGUUCAAAUCAUGUUAUAUUUUAUUACCAUAGGGCUUCCUUGAUGGAAAAAAAAAAAA